AUGGCUGUACAAAUCCACAUUGUCCGCCACGCGGAAUCUGUCCAUAACGUCUCUAAAGACUUCACCCAACGUGAUCCAAGCCUAACACCGCUCGGCCUUCAACAAGCUGCCCAGCUUAUCCAUGAAUUCCCCUCCUCCUCCCACGUCGCGGUAAUCAUCACCUCCCCGCUACAACGCGCUAUUCAAACCACCCUCGCUGCAUUUCCACACGUGCUGGAUAAACGCUACUUCAGUCCUCAGUCGGGGCAAGGCAUUGAGAAUGGCUCAUUGCUUGUUAUAGACCCAGACUUGCAAGAACGGAGUGCCUUGCCGUGUGAUACCGGUUCCUCUCGCGAAGUUCUAGAGGAUGUCUUCCGUAUAGAUUUCAAUGAUUUGGCGGAGAACUGGCAUACAAAGGAGGGGCUGUACUCCCCAGAUGACGCUGCUGUGAAAGAGCGGGCAAAACGCGUGAGAUCUCGUGUUGCUGAAGUAGUGGACAAUUUGAAGGAUAAGGAAGAGAGACAGGUUGUGAUUGUGACACACGGUGUUUUCAUGAAAUUCUUGGUCGAGGAUCCCGAGAUUGACCUGCCAAAAGCGGGGUGGAAGAGUUACACUGUUGGGAAGAAUAACUCUGGCGAUAUUCUUCUUCCGAUUUAA